UUGUUCCCAUGGUCUCACGGCACAAUGAGGCACACUGGCUCUUGGAAACUGUGGACCUGGGUGGCAAUGUUCCUGCUUCCUGCUUUCACUUGUGUGAUGGUCAGGGACAAGUCAGAAAGUACCUGCCCUAUACUGAGGAUGGAGGGAUAUCAAGAAGACAGAAGCAAACUUGAAGUUUCAGGCUUUGAUCUCGGAGAGAGUUUUGCUCUGAGGCGCGCAUUUUGCGAAGGUGAUAAAACCUGUUUCAAAUUAGGAAGUGCCCUUCUUCUCAGAGACACUGGUAAGAUAUUUCCCAAAGGCCUUCCUGAGGAGUACUCUGUAGCAGUCAUGUUUCGUGUACGAAGAAGCACCAAGAAGGAGCGGUGGUUUUUAUGGCGGAUUUUAAACCAGCAGAAUAUGCCACAGAUUUCUAUAGUGAUUGACGGCACAAAGAAGGUGAUAGAAUUUAUGUUCCGCGGAGCUGAGGGAGAUCUGUUGAACUACGUUUUUAAGAAUCGAGAACUCCGCCCUCUCUUCGAUCGUCAGUGGCAUAAACUUGGCAUUGGUGUGCAAUCCCGAGUCCUUUCUCUCUAUAUGGAUUGUCAUUUAAUUGCAAGUCGGCACACGGAAGAGAAGGACUCUGUGGAUUUUCAUGGGAAGACAGUUAUCGCCGCGCGAGCUUCGGAUGGCAAGCCUGUGGACAUUGAACUACACCAGCUCAUAAUCUCCUGCAAUUCUGACUUCCUAGCUAAGGAAUCAUGCUGUGACCUAGCAGCUAAUAAGUGUCCUGAGCAAGACAACCUUGGAAGUACCACUCCAUCAUGGGUGACCACUCACACUGGUGAGAUGUCUUUAUAUCUGCCGGGAAAGCAGGAACUUAAAGACCCGUGCCAGUGCAUUCCAAUCAAGGAGGAAGCAGGCUCACCAACUCUGGGUUCCCUUGGACCAAAAGGGAACAAAGGAGAACCGGGUGAAAAUGGCAUCCAUGGUCUUCCAGGCUUACUUGGUCAAAAGGGAGAACAAGGACUUGAAGGCACCAAAGGAGAAACUGGUGAAAAGGGUUUGAAAGGUGACUUGGGUCCUCAUGGUCCACCUGGCCCAAAAGGAGAAAAGGGUGAUAUGGGACCUCCAGGGCCACCAGCCUCAACUGCUUCCAUAGGGAUACAAGGCCCCCAAGGUCCACCUGGAAAAGAAGGUCAAAGGGGAAGACGAGGGAAGACAGGACCUCCAGGAAACCCAGGCCCUCCAGGACCGCCAGGACCUCCUGGGCUACAAGGACUACCGCAGACUUUUGGUGGCUACUUCAAUAAGGGAACGGGUGAACACGAAGCUGGUGGCCCAAAAGGAGAAAAGGGUGACUCUGGGCUGCCAGGAUUUCCAGGGUCUGUUGGCCCUAAAGGACAGAAAGGAGAACCUGGGGAGCCUUUAACCAGAGGUGAAAAGGGAGAUAGAGGAGAGCCCGGCCUUUUAGGACCACAGGGAAUAAAGGGGGAACCUGGAGUUGCUGGUCCCCCUGGUUUAACAGGAAGCCCAGGGCUAAAGGGUCAGCAAGGACCUGCAGGUUCCAUGGGACCCAGAGGACCACCAGGAGAUGUUGGAUUGCCAGGAGAACAUGGUAUCCCAGGGAUACAAGGCAUUAAAGGAGAGAAGGGAGAUGCUGGUGGAAGGCUAGGCCCUCCUGGAGUUCCAGGUCCAAAGGGUGAUGCUGGGCCUCCAGGGAAAAGCCUGCCAGGGAAACCAGGAUUAGAUGGAAAUCCUGGUUCACCUGGCCCACGUGGUCCAAAGGGUGAAAGAGGACUACCAGGUAUCCAUGGCUCCCCAGGGGACACAGGCCCACCAGGGGUAGGAAUCCCAGGCAGGACAGGCUCCCAAGGACCCACCGGAGAGCCAGGUAUUCAGGGUCCUCGAGGUCUGCCCGGAUUGCCAGGAACUCCAGGGACCCCAGGGAAUGAUGGACCUCCAGGGAGAGACGGAAAGCCAGGCCUUCCAGGCCCCCCAGGUGACCCGAUUGCACUUCCUCUCUUGGGAGACAUUGGCGCCUUGCUGAAGAACUUCUGUGGCAACUGCCCAGCCAGUGUUCCCGGGCUGAAGAGCAACAAAGGGGAUGAAGGAGGCACAGGGGAACCUGGAAAACACGAUUCUGCAGGCAGGAAGGGGGAUGCGGGACCACGGGGUCCUCCAGGAGUCCCAGGCAGAGAGGGGCCAAAGGGAAGCAAAGGAGAGCGGGGCUACCCUGGAGUGCAUGGGGAGAAGGGAGAUGAGGGUCUUCAAGGAAUUCCUGGCCUCUCAGGAGCUCCUGGCCCAACUGGACCUCCUGGUUUAACAGGAAGAACUGGACACCCCGGUCCCACUGGAGCCAAAGGUGACAAGGGCAGCGAGGGACCCCCUGGGAAACCUGGACCUCCUGGACCUCCUGGUGUCCCGCUCAAUGAAGGAAACGGCAUGAGCAGUUUGUACAAAAUCCAGGGAGGAAUGAAUGUUCCUAGUUACCCAGGACCCCCGGGACCCCCUGGUCCAAAAGGUGAUCCCGGCCCAGUGGGAGAGCCUGGUGCAAUGGGCUUGCCAGGACUCGAAGGAUUUCCUGGUGUAAAGGGAGAUCGAGGCCCAGCAGGUCCCCCAGGAAUAGCCGGCAUGUCGGGGAAGCCCGGUGCCCAAGGUCCUCCAGGAGUCCCAGGGGAGCCGGGUGAGAGAGGGCCUGUUGGAGAUACAGGUUUUCCUGGACCAGAGGGACCCUCGGGGAGGCCAGGCAUAAAUGGAAAAGAUGGAUUACCAGGUGCUCAGGGCAUCAUGGGUAAACCUGGAGACAGAGGCCCCAAAGGAGAGCGCGGUGAUCAGGGAAUUCCAGGAGACAGAGGCCCACAAGGUGAACGUGGUAAACCAGGCCUUAUGGGCAUGAAAGGGGCUAUAGGUCCUGUGGGGCCCCCAGGAAGCAAGGGCUCAGUAGGAUCACCUGGCCACCAGGGCCCUCCAGGCUCUCCAGGCAUCCCCGGCAUGCCGGCUGAUGCUGUUUCAUUUGAAGAAAUCAAAAAGUACAUUAAUCAAGAGGUCCUAAGGAUUUUUGAAGAGAGGAUGGCUGUGUUUCUAUCCCAACUUAAGCUGCCAGCAGCAAUGCUGUCCGCACAAGCUCAUGGGAGGCCUGGCCCACCAGGGAAGGAUGGGUUACCUGGACCCCCGGGAGACCCUGGACCCCAAGGCUACCGAGGACAGAAGGGGGAAAGAGGAGAACCUGGGAUUGGGCUGCCAGGGAGUCCAGGCCUUCCUGGAUCUUCAGCAGGUUUGCCAGGUUCACCAGGUGCCCCAGGGCCUCAAGGACCCCCAGGCCCUAGUGGAAGAUGUAAUCCAGAAGACUGCCUCUUUCCUAUGACUUCUGCCCAGCAGAAAGCAGGUGGAAAAUGAACACUACAGAGGGAGACGUUGUUCCUGGUGAGAUCUUCAUGCCCUUGGAGCUGUUGAUCUCUGCUUUUCAGCCACGUGCUCGCAAGGCGUAUGAUUUCUGGACCGUUUUUCUUUGCUUUUUUUUUCCUCUGAUGUGGCACAAACAUCUGAAGCCACCAUCAGAAUCCUAUCUGACAGUAAUUGCAAAUCAGUAUUCUUCAGACGUUUCCCAACUUUGUUCUGUGUGUUUUGCUUUGCCGUGGCUCUGAGUUCUACUCAGUUUUAUAUGAAAAUGCAAGCGAGCCUAUCACGGGCUCUUCAGAAGAAAUCCCAUGAGAUGAUAUGGGCCACAGACGACAUACAGUUUGUGAACUUAUCAACACGAUUAGACUUUGAUUUCUGAACCUGAAUUUUUGAAAUUUAUAUUGAUAUUUUCUUCAUGUUUAAGUUUACUAUUAUUGCUUAAAAACCAUCUUUCUGCUCUUUUGAGAUUGAGACAGCACAUUACUGCUGUCAAUUGUUCUAUGACUGAUUUUUACGAGAAGUCUUAUACCAUCCUACAUUCAUUCUAUUUAUACAGAAAAAUAGGCAAUAAGAGAUUCAUUUUUAAGUUAUUUUUCAAAAGACAAACUAUGGGAGACUCUUUAUUAGGAAGUCCCCAAACUCAGCAUAGCCAACUGUUGAAAUGACUUUGUGUCUUCCUUGCUGUGAGCUCAAUUUGAAGUACUCCUCAUAACAUUGAACAUAUGCUACAAGAGAAAGAAGGAACCAAACUGACCCUAUGCUCACUUCAGUGAGUCUCCAGUGAUAAAGAAAUUGGUUUUUCCCUAAGAGGUGUUUGGUGGUUGAAGUCAAAGUAUCAAGUACCAAGUCUUUGGAUUUUGACAAACUUUAGUAGGCUGGCAAGACUUUGUGCUCUUUCAUGCGUUAUUCUCCUGAUCCCCAGACCCCCAAUUAGGACAAAGCACAGGACUUGUAGUGACUGAAACAGAAGAGUCCUCACUUUGCAAAGUGAGGGUUAAGCACCAGCAAAUGAAUAGGUGGAGCACACACCAUCCUAAGGAGAAUCAUGGAUGUUUUCCUAGAAAGAGUCCAGUUCUGCAAAGGAAAGAUGGAGAUUCUACAUGAAAGGCACCCCAUGCUUCAAAACGGUGUGUUCCGGGUUUGGAGAUUUAGCUCAGUUGUAGAGCACUUUCCUGGUAAGCUCAAGGCCUUGGGUUCCAUCCUCAGCUCUGGGGGAGAAAAUAAAUAAACAAACAUAUACUCUAAAAGGAAGCAAAAUUCCAGUGGGGUUAGCUGAAUUAUCCAGCGGUAUUUUAUACUCCCUACCCAUUCAUUGUUUGGAGCAACUUUUUGUGGGAAACAACUGAUUUUAUAGAAUAUUUAGCACAAGGAUGGACAUUGCUGGAAUCUAAUUCAUUGGAUUCCUCCUCCACCCCCCCAACCCUGCGCCCGGAAGCUGAGCGUGCACCACCAGAGCCCUUCGGUCACAGAGACUAGUUCACACCUCAAGGAGCAGGACAUAUUUCACAGGAUAGGAUGGUGUUUUCUACCCACUAAUUAAAGCAGACAAUGAGUUUAAGAAAGCAAGCCCCCUGAGAGUGGGGAAAGCUGUGAAGGAUUUUCCCGGGAAGCAUGCCUGGUGUAAGGCAGAGUUUGUUCAAAUGCACCCAUGAUUUGAACUGGCUUUCCUUACAAAUAGAUGAGCUGCUGGCCGGGUACUGUCAAUAUAAUUGUGCAUAAAUAUAGCUUUUUAGGUAUUUAAUAUUGAGUUUUCGCUGUGUAUUUCCAUCCAAGUGUAUUUAUUUUCCAAGUCUACUUUAUUUAUUUCCAACGUUUUAAACAUUUUGUUGCGUAUUACUUUAUUUUCUUUCUUCUGCAAUACCUGCAAUGGUGCUGUGUUUUAAACUCAUGCAAUUGGAAGAUGCAGACAUUUGCAUAUGUAUCUUCAUAAUCAAAUGACAGUCUACCCCCCCCCAUGUACAUAAGGUGAAAAGAUGGUGCUAUGUGUAUAUUUUGAGAUUUCAAUUUGUUAAACUUUCUGAAAACUUACAAAAUACCUGGCACAUAUUAAUUUACUUGAAUUUGCUGUAAAGCUAAGACUUUUAUAUGUUUUCAAAGAUUAUUUUUCAUAUUAAUUGACAGGUUAUUUAUCCUUUUGCCUUUUGGUUUAUUCAAAAAUAUUUAUUUCAUAAUUUUAAUAUUUUCAUGAGCAUUUGGUUGGUGAUCAAUGCAUUUGGGUUUUUUUUAUUGAUCAGUUUAUAUGUAGAAAAAGAUUUCUUGUCUUGUAAAUUAUAUUCAAUUGCAUUCACUUCAGUUCCACACGACAGAAACCUUUCUUUUAAGUAAUAUAGUAGUUAUUAUUCUUCCUUUUUCUAAUUUCUGUGACUGUGUGACUGCCUUAUUUCUGUUUUAAGGAUUUAGAUUUAUUAAUGUGACUUCAGGAGGGGAUGAAAUGUUACAUGAUACAUUUUGAGAGUGAUUUGUCACCGUGAUUCAAGCUCAUUUUUAAAACUGGGGUAUGUGACUAAGUCUGAUAUAACUAGAGAGCAAGGCCUGAGAUUACAUAGCACAAACCCUGACUCAUCUUGAAAAGUUGUUUUUCUUUUUCUGCCUCAGCUGUAGUCAUAACUACAGCUGUAGGGCUACAAGGAACACUUAGUCUAGCUAGCAUAACAAAGAGAUUGGCAGGCGCUCAACCCUUUGAUAAAAAUAAACAGGAUAAUUUGGUCCCCCAAGUAGAAUGGGAAAUGUUCCUCUAAAUAACCAUUUGUUUCAUUUAAAAAAUAAUUUUAAAAAGCUGUUUACUUUAGGUGUUGUCUUUAGCAAGAGGAAGAAUUAUUAAUUUUCUCUCAUUCGUACUACACAUAUGUUUAAAUACAAAAUAAUUACAGGCCAUGAUGACAAUAUUACAACUGGUUUUUUCCCCAUAAACAAAGAUUUUAGAACUCUUUAAAUUUUAUGCCAGUUCCGUUAGCAAUUUUAGUUAGAAAUCUUCCUAUGUAGACAAGAUUUAUUCCCAGUUCAUUUUUUUCUGGCUUUUAAAGGCAAAAGAAAAGAGAGAAGAAUGACCUAGGCAUUUGUCCAUUGUUCUUUCCGCAUGAAAGCAUUGACCGCUACUUCCAACCACAACAGAAGCAGUCAGUCUUGAGUUUUUCAACAUCUUACCUUGAUCAGAGCCAUUUAAAGACUUUGACCUCCUGUACUUUUUUUUUUUCUGUAUUUCACGAUGUAGCUGAAGAUUGACAUUUUGCCUACUACAAAGCUUAAGGAAUUAUUUCACAAUAUACUGCCUAUACAUAUUACCAUUUGAUUCUGAGUUAAUAAGCAGUUUCGAUGGCUAUGUCCCAGACAUGGUUCAGCUCUUCUGCAUUUCUGAGAAACUUAUUACAUACCUCCUUUGUCCACAAGAUGGUGUUGGCGGCAGUUUGUUCAGAGGUGAACAGACUCCCAGAAGUCUAAACCCUAGAAAAGUUUGGUGAACAGCUAAGUCAGACAUUGGCCUUUGCUCUUUUGUUUUGUAAAUAUUCUUUGUUAUUCAUUUAGUUAAUUUGCGUUUUUUCAGAAUUUCCAGUAGCUUUGUGAGGCAGACACAAUAGCUUUUGGUUUGUUGGUUGUCUCAUUUGUAUUUAUUUAUUAUGUGUAUACCUAUAUGCGACCUGCGAAUUUGCUAUAAGGCUGUCUUAUGCCACUUUUGCAUUUUCGUGACUAAUGUGCACACACUAAGUAUUCAUCCCACCUUGCAGGUAGGGCAGGUGUCCUGACAAAUGAGACACAUUUAGUUUAGCACAAGGAGCUAUUUACACAUUACACAAUGUCUAAACUCCUUAUUGCUCACGGUAAAUUUUGCAAUUAAAUUUAUACAAUGUCUAUUUUUCUAGAAAUAUGUCACCCUUUCCAAAACUAAGUAAGAAAACUGAUUUUCAAAAUGCCAUCCUUUUUAUUUUAAAUGCCAUCCUUUUUCUAGUGUUGGUAGCGCUAUCCCAAGACUGAGAAUUGGGUGCAGUGAUGUUGAGGUGAUUUGAAUGACCCAGGGAAAAGCUGAACAGAUUUGACAUUUGCCCUUGCCCUUAACUUACUUUCUACGCUUGUCUAGACAUAUCUACCAUGCGAAGACACAUGGUGUUUUCUCUCCUGGCUUCAGAGUGGGACAUACUCUCCUUUUGUACUCCUCUCGUCUCAGAGAUUAAAGAGCCCCUAUGAGGAGAAUCCCAGGAGAGUUUAAUUAUCGCCCUUUAAGUCGCGUGCAUAAGAGUAAUGUUGUAGCCCAUUGACUUGUAUUUCUUCAUCAUCAGUGUGUAAAGUGGCGUUUGUUGGAUUAAAUAUAUUCAAUGAGUGGGAAUUCCAGGAUACAGAAAAAUUUUAUUUACUGGUAUAGCUGGAGCGACCACAGCAGCAUGUCACCUAACCGAGUCAUGACUUUGUUCAUCAGUUUGGUUUGAUUGAAUGAAGCUUCAAGCAGACCCAGAGAACACUGAUUCAGGCAAGCAAACCAGCAAGAAAAUAAUUAUCCAAAAGACAAGAGGAAACUUAGUCUAGCAAGAAACAGCUACACAGAAAAACGUUCAAGUUUGAUUUCAGUAGUGAUGUAUGAUUUGACUCAAGAUAUCAGCUGGUUGCUUCACAGACUUGCCCAAAGUGAAUGGACUAACUGCUCAACAUGUAACAUGAGUCUGGGCAUUGCUUGACCAUAGCAAGCUGACAGGCAUCAACAUUCAAUUUACAACUUUUUAUUUUCCUUUGGUUCUUAAGGUAUAUUUAGAGGAUAAAUGCUUGUAGUGAAUUUGAAUUCAGAUUGUGUUAUUGACUAUUUUAUAACUAUUUAUUUUUAAAAUAAUAUUUGGGAUGUAUUUUUCUCCAUUUUGUUUGUUCGCUGUCUUACCUCAUUAGCUAUUUCAGGUUGAGUUUUAUUACACUCACUUCAUAUCACUUAAUGAUAAAUCCCAGUGAAUAUAUGCUUGUAGGCCUUGGUUCCUCUAGCUUUAUUAUGCGUCAGGAACACCUUGCCUCUCUCAGCAAUAAAGGAAUCCACUCUAAAUCAGGGACCUCUAAGGUGCAAUUCUUAACACUGUGUCUACUCUUCAGUCCUUCUCCGUGGCCGAAGCUCCACCCCAGCUCUGUUCUGUUAGUUCUUAGCCACACUGAAGCUUCACAAUCACCCUCGCACCAAGCGCAAGCCCACAGCAUCCAUGGAGCCGGGGACUGUUCUGCUGGAGGCUCAGUGUCUACCACACUGGCCUCACAGUUUGAACUUGUGACCUUCCUCCCUGGCAGACUAUGCAAAGCCCAGUAUAUUGAUUUCAGAUGAGAAUUAUAAACGGAAAUGGAAGUAAGAGUGAGUCCAAAAUGAUGCUCUCUUCUAACAGAAGUUAAAAUCAAGUUAGACUCCUUGCUAGAGAGAACUCUUAGAACUAGCUAAGAAGAGUGUGACUAACUUUCCUCCUAUAAUAAGUUUCUUAGCAUGGCAAUACAUAUUUAAAUAUAUAGUAUAUUUUCUAACAGAAAUUAAUUCAAUCGAAAUAUGCCAGUGGCUUUAUAUGUCUAUAUGGACUAGCUAAUGACUUAAACAAUUCUCAACUAUCCUUGCCUUCAUAUUCCCUUACAAUAAGUGGGUGCUCUCUAAAAAGUAUUGUUGUCUUCUCAUAUGCAACUGUGAACUUGGAGACCAAAUAAAAACACAUCAAAAUAAACUUGAAAAAGAAGAUACAAAUUCCAAGACGUUUCUUAGAGUCAAUUUCCUCCAUUUUUUUCUCUUCAGUUACAAAUGUAGAAUGAACGACAGCACACAAAAGCAUGGGAAACAAAGUUAGUGUAAAUUGACAGUUUUUAAGACACAAAUAUUUAUCAGACAGCACCCUCUUGCCAAUAACCAGAUCUAUCAAGCAUGCUACAGGUCUUUGGAUAACCUUCUCUGUGCCAUUUGAGCGUGUGCGUUGCAUAUACAAUAUUAUAAAUGGCCAACUUGUAUUUAAUAUUUACUGAGCCAUUGGUACUUAAUGUUCAACAUCAGAAGUUCAUAAAAAACAAGUACACAACUGGACAGUAUUUUACUACACAAAAUUCAUAACCUAUAAGGCCUAACCAUGAAUAUUGUCUUAGAGUUUUAGACUAUUUAUGGCCAUUUUCCAUUUGUAACAAAAGAAAUAGCUCACUAACGUCUCAUUUUUAGUGCCAUUUUUAUACUCCCUCCCCUAGGGUUACCAGCAUGCUUAAAGAUAAUUCUCCUGCUAUUUGGGAUUAUUUGUGUUAUGGGAGAUUUUCAACCAAUAUUGGUUAACUUCAAACCUGGAGAUUUUAUACCUCAGAAACACUAUAUCUCCAAAAUUUAAUAAUUCAAUUGUAAGUGAUCUUUGAAGCAGGGAUUUAAAUUUAGCAUAUUUGGGAUUGGAUCUGAUAAUGUUUAAGGGUAGCAAUAUUGGUUUAACCAGCUUGAAAUAUAAAAUAUUCCACAUCAGUCACCAAACUGUAUGACUACUCAUUCAUACUCUUCCAACAAACAGAAGACGAUUAUCCAAAAUCAGCAACAAAUAUAUGUGCUCAGACUAGAAAAUUGGUUUCAUACUUAUUAACUAGCCUGUUGGCGAUUAGGAUUACGCAUCAAAUCAUCCCAUCUUGGAAGCAUGAGUAGAAAAAAACCAGAAAUCAUUUGCUCUUGACUAAUAGGCCAGUUUCUCAGCAACUUCAGCUGUCUAUGCAUUCCCCUCUUGACAGGUUCUCUGAUCGACACUACCCAAUCUCUAAAGCACAUCAAGGAAGAUCUGGAUACCUCUAUUUUGCUAGGAAUUUUGCUAGGCCUGCCUGGGUUAAGCAGCCAUCUUUCAUGGAGAGCAUUCACUAGGCACAUUUAUUUUUUGAAAUUUUUUCAUCAAAUAUUAGUGCUUCCCGCAAACUGUUUCGUUUAACUGAAAUUUACAGUGGGUUGGUUGUUCCUGCCAUUUGGGAUGUGCUAGUUUUGCAUAAGCUCUCUGUAAGUGGCUGUCCCCAACAUUACUGUAUCUGUGGGUCUUGUUGUCCUGCCUCAAUAUGCAUCAAGUUUGUGUAACAGUUGGGUGAACUGAUAUUUGAAAUUUUAUUUUUUUAUUUCUUAUGAAUAUGAUGUUAUAGGACUGAGGAACUCGUUUAAUUACUUAAUUUUUCUUUUCCUGUAUUUGGGUAUUGUCACUCUAAUUAAAG